CGUUCUUACAUUCUCGCUUAAGUUCUUGGUGGAAAAAGAAUUAAAUUUCCUAAAUAAAAAAUUAUUUAGAAAAAAUGUUAAAAUCCGUAAAAUCUUCAUGGAUGUGUAGCAUAUUCUUGCUAUUCAACUUAGUUUCGGGGCAAUACUUUGAACUAAAAUCGGAUAAUGUAACCGUAUGGCAUGACGAUUUAGAGGAUAUUUUAUCUGUUGAGGAUAACAGUUGGCAUAAAGAUAUGGAAGAAACUCGUACUUUGGUUUCAUUAUCAACGCCAGAACCAGUAGACUAUGAUGAUUAUGUUGCAGUGGCAGAGACGUAUAUAGAUAACUGGCAUGGCAGUCCCUUUGAAUCGACCAUUGGUUAUGUAACACCCUUGGUGGGUCCCGCCUCCGAAAUUGUUAUACCACUAAAUGAUAUUUUUAAUAUUAGAAGGAAACGCACAGAUAGUUUGGGUUGGCAAUACGACAUACCUAAAAAUUGCAAACCUGUUAGUAUGGGCACAGCAAAUCGAGUCACUAAGGGUUAAUAAUUAGUGAACAUAAACUAAAAUAAAAAUAAAAUAUAUAAAUGUUGUAAAGUUUUUACAAAUAAUAUAUGAAAUGUAUUGAGUAACAAAGUA